AUGGCCGACUUGGUGAAGCAGAUCUUGGCUAAGCCAAUCCAAUUGGCCGACCACGUCAUCAAAUCCGCAGACGAAGCGAGCUCCUUCAAGCAGGAGUGCGGCGAGCUGAAGUCCAAGACGGAGAAGCUCGCCGCCUUGCUCCGUCAAGCGGCCAGGGCGAGCUCCGACCUCUACGAGCGACCGACUCGCCGCAUAAUCGACGACACAGAGCAAGUCCUCGAGAAGGCCCUGGCGUUAGUACUCAAAUGUCGCGCCAACGGAAUCAUGAAGCGGGUCUUCACCAUUAUCCCCGCCGCCGCCUUCCGCAAGAUGUCCGCUCAGCUCGAGAACUCCAUCGGCGACGUGUCCUGGCUCCUACGGGUUUCUGCCUCCGCGGACGACCGCGACGACGAGUACCUUGGACUCCCACCGAUCGCCGCCAACGAGCCCAUCCUCUGCCUCAUUUGGGAGCAGAUUGCGAUUCUCUACACUGGGUCUCCCGACGAUAGAUCUGACGCCGCCGCUUCCCUCGUCUCCCUGGCCAGGGACAAUGAUCGGUAUGGUAAGUUGAUCAUCGAGGAAGGAGGAGUUCAGCCGCUGCUGAAAUUGGUAAAAGACGGGAAAUUGGAAGGCCAAGAGAAUGCCGCAAGAGCAAUUGGGCUUCUGGGUCGGGACCCUGAGAGCGUGGAACACAUGAUUCACGCCGGGGUUUGCUCGGUCUUUGCGAAAAUCCUCAAAGAAGCUCCCAUGAAGGUCCAGGCAGUGGUGGCAUGGGCUGUUUCUGAGCUUGCUGCUCAUUAUCCCAAAUGCCAGGAUCUCUUCGCUCAGCACAAUAUAAUCCGUCUGUUGGUAGGUCAUCUCGCAUUUGAGACAGUUCAAGAGCACAGUAAGUAUGCUAUUGUUAGCCAGAAAGCUACUUCGAUCCACGCCUUGGUGUUGGCGAGCAAUGCCAACUCCUACGCUGUUGCUAGUAGCAACAGUAAUGGUAGUGUGAACUCAGCAGGACCGAAUGUUGAAGAAGAUAAAAACAGGAUUAAUCACCCUCUAGGGAACAGAACGCGGAGCCAGUUCCAUAGCGUAAUUGCAAACACAAUGGCCAUGAAUGGAGUCGCCAAGCUUCCUAACGGGAAUGCCCCGGUGGCAAACGGGAAUGGAAACAGUACUACCCUUCCUGUGGCUGCGUCUGCGGCUGCGAAGCCGGCUACUCACCAUCAACACAGCAACUCACUCUCUGCUGUCCAUCUUAAAGGGAGGGAAGGUGAAGACGUAGCUACAAAGGCCCACAUGAAAGCAAUGGCAGCAAGAGCACUUUGGCAGCUUGCUAAGGGGAAUUCGCCCAUCUGCCGAAGCAUCACCUAG